UCAAGCUCCAUGAUGGUUUCGAGGAAGGUGGUGGCUUCUCUGCUGGUGGUGUAUGUGGUGGCCAUGCUGGCUGAACAGACUGAAGGCUACCUAGCCUUCUUCACUCGCAGCGACAUCGAGAGGAUGCAGGAGAAACAGAGGAACAAAGCACAGAAGAAAUCCUUGAUGUUGCAGAAGCGAUCAGAAGGCGGAGACGUUACCGAGCUCUCUGACGUGGAGCGUGUGGACGAGGGCGAGAUCAUCAAGCUGACUGCACCUGGAGAAACUGGAAUGCGGCUCGACGCUAGGCAGCUGGAAAAAUACCAGCACAUCCUGGAGGAACUGCUAACUGAGAUGCUACUGGACGCUCAAAAUGAGUCCUCAUUGUCCUCCCCUCCCACCAUGGAUACCCUCUGCGCUUAA